CAUGAAAUGGCCUCAUUUACCAACAAAAGGAAUAUGCUGUUUGAGCGGCGGAAGUAUAUUUCAUCACUAUCGGCCAAGGAAAAGGUGCCUAGAGUCAUGCCCUACAUUCCCUGUCAGCACUUGGAUUGUAAGUGUGCAAGCUGGAAACCCUGUGACAACGCUGACGAUGCUUAUCGUUGUGCACUCUGCGGUCACCACCACUGCAGUGGCAGCAGUUCUGAGUUUUCCAACUGGAUUGAGGAUCUUGCGGUGCAGAUGGUUGAGGAUCUGGAAACACUCUUUCUGCUUUGUUUCAAUGAGGAAGAUCUGGAGACUCGUCAGUUGUACUUCUGUAUGCUCAAACGCCUGAGAAAGGCUUUAGCCAAUAGGACGCAUCCCCAGGUGGAUGACCUACCUCCCUUUGAACGUCCUAGUAUUUCUACAGCAGUGCGUAAUCUCAUUAUCCGAAAACUAUCUAUCACUCCUAGCGAUGCCUUCAUCUACAUAGAUGCCGGUCGCUUAGUUCUCACCUACCUCAACGGCCACCGAUUGCAGGUGCCAAAGCAUCGUAAGCAGAAGAAUGAGAAUCUCACCGGAUAUAAGCUGAUUUACAUGCGGUGGAUGUGCCAUUGUUACAUUCCUCUCUUUUGUACUACAUUUCCAUACUUUGAACCCACUGCCGCCUUCGGUAAAAACUUCUUUCUCGCCCUCCUUCCAGAACUAAAGUCGGGUCUAUUAGAGAAAGUACGCGAGGAGAAGGCUAAACUGCAGUCGGAGCUCUCUACCUUUAUUUCAGAGUUAGAGUGUGAGGCACGUCUCCCGAAUUCACCUAUUUGGGACCCAUUUUUCAGACCGUUUUCAGCCUCUGGGAAGCUAGAAGAAUCGGGAAUCCUUUCUAACCCCACUGCUGUCUUUGUUGACUGCAAAGUGGCCAAUGCAGAUGCGGGUGAGGAAGGGGAAGAUGAAGCGUCUCAGGACGUCACGUUGAAAGUGGAAAAAGAGCCUAUGGAGGUGGAAGAUUGCCUUCCUGCCACUCCAAAACGCAGAUCUAGUUUGAGAAUAAAAAACCAGGCUUUGGUUGAAAACUCCCUCUAUCCAACGAGAAGCGCUACAAAAAUGCUUAACACAUCUCUGUUUGGUCUUCGCCGACCCAUCGAGUGCGACUCUACUGCGGCUAGUGGAACAUCCACUCCUUUGGCCAAACGAAUGCGUUGUCAGUCUUCCCCCUCAUUCCCUGUCGCAGGAGAAAUAAAUCCACGAGAGUUGGAAGAGGUGGUAAAGGAGCUGGAAGCAGAGCAAAGUCUUGGGCGGAAUCUACUCCCCUCUCCAACUUUACGCUCGUUCCUGGCGACUCGCGACGCAGCCGCGCGAAGGGAAGAAUCUGCUGGUACCAUUGAGUUCCACGUAGUGAGCAAUAGUCUAAGUCAACAGCAGGAGCCCUCCACGUACAUUUGGCUUCUGGAACUUCUCAAUGUCUUUGCCAUUCAACUACCUCGCAUGCCUAAGGAGUACAUAACCCGUCUCGUCUUUGAUCCAAAGCACAAAAAUCAAGUUUUGUUGAAGGUUUCGGAGAAUGGGGACCGUCAUGCAAUUGGUGGAAUUACCUUCCGAAUGUUCCCUUCCCAGGGCUUCUCCGAGAUUGUCUUUUGUGCCGUUAUAUUCAACGAACAGGUGAAGGGUUAUGGAACGCAGAUGAUGAACCACUUGAAAGACUACCAUACGCAGCACGGAGUAUACCACUUCCUCACCUAUGCAGAUGCCUUCGCAACAGGCUACUUUCGAAAGCAGGGUUUCUCGCGGGAAAUUCGCCUUCCUCGCCAAGCUUAUCAGGGCUACAUUAAAGAAUACGAGGGUGCCACCCUCAUGGGCUGUGAGCUCUAUCCAAAUGUGGUAUACAAAGAGUUCUCUGAGGUCAUUAGCCGUCAGCGUGAGAUAAUUUCCCGAAUUAUCGAUCGACGAAAACGUGCUUUAGAAACAGUCUACCCGGGCAUUCCAAAUUCCCAAUUCCGACUAGGUCCCAUACCCCUCUCCUCCAUUCCUGGCCUCAUUGAGGCCGGUUGGAGACCUGAUUCAAUCGAUGAAGGCAGUACUGACAAGACUGCAACUGCAACGGAGGCUGAGACUACGCCCGCUGUUUGCGUAGAUGCUCCUGCAACGACUCCGGAAGAAGCACCGGCAAUGGAGGCAGCAAUGGCUUUGGGGGAGGCUGCUGGUGCCAGCGAGCCUCUGAUCAUUCAGAUAACCCCUCAGUCCCCCUCCAUCGAGGGAGAAGAGAGUGCUCUAACCUCUCAGUUACCUCCACCACCACCACCACCGCCACCACCACCUGUACACGUCAAAUCAUCAAGCUCUCGGCGGACGAGGUUCUCUGCGUCUAACUCCCGUGGUGGCAAUGGUAGUGCUGACGAUGAUACCAUUGCCAGACGCACAAGAGCUAGUUCUGGGUAG